AUGAAGUAUUCGACGUUCGUGGCGGCGCAAUUGUUGUCGUCGGCAGUGGCAGUGAGGCUUGCACCACGAGAGAACCCGAGAGUAGUGCGCCUAGAUACCCAGCGCCGAAAUGUCGUCAACCCAGUCGCACACGAUCAGCUACGAAGACGGCAAAGCGUCGUCCAACAGACGCUUGACAAUCUCGAGACGCUCUACUUCGCCAACGCAAGCUUAGGUACUCCCGAGCAAAACUUCCGCUUACACAUCGACACGGGUAGCAGCGAUCUCUGGGUCAACUCGGUCAAUUCAAACUUGUGCAGUCAAGGAGGCAACCAGUGUGGUGAAUCGGGUACAUACAACGCAAACGAUUCGUCAACAUACAACUACGUCAACGGCGCAUUCAACAUUUCAUACGUGGAUGGAUCAGGCGCAUCGGGAGACUAUGCGACAGAUAACUUCCGCUUCGGCGGACAAACCGUAAAGGAUCUGCAGUUUGGUAUCGGCUACGUAUCGAGCUCACCAGAGGGCAUCCUUGGAAUCGGAUACACCAUCAACGAGGUUGCCGUAGGCCGUGCAGGGCUGGAUCCAUACCCGAACUUGCCUCAGAAGCUGAAGGACGAUGGCACCAUUAACUCAAACGCAUACUCUUUGUGGCUGAACGAUUUGGACGCAUCGACUGGAAGCAUUCUUUUCGGUGGCGUGGACACGGACAAGUACCAGGGCGAACUUCAGACAUUGCCCAUCAUCCCAGAGCGCGGACAGUAUGCUGAGUUCAUCAUUGCCCUGACUGGAAUGGGUCGCAAUGGUAACAAUGGCUCCAUCUUUGAGAACGCCAACGUGCCCGUCCUGCUCGACUCUGGAUCUUCGUUGAUGUAUCUGCCCGACAAUGUCGCGAGCUCACUAUACCAAACCUUCGACGCCCAAUACGACGCCUCCCAGGGUGCUGCCUUUGUUGACUGUGAUCUUGCAAACCAGCAAGGCUCGCUCGAAUUCAACUUCUCCGGAGUCCAGAUCUCCGUUCCACUCAACGAGCUUGUUAUAGUCGCUGCCGUCAGUCGCGGACGGCCCGUCUGUAUCCUCGGCAUUGGACCUGCGGGUCAAUCUGUCGCUGUUCUUGGUGACACCUUCCUACGAUCCGCAUAUGUCGUCUACGACCUUGAGAAUAACGAAAUUUCUCUCGCUCAGACAAACUUCAACGCCACCUCAGAAAACAUCCAGGAAAUCCGAGAAGGCUCUGAUGGCGUACCCAAUGCAACCGGUGUUGUCGGUGCGGUAUCAACUGCAUCGGUCGGCACUGACGGACCCAGGGUCAACGGCCCUAGUGUUACAGGCGGCGGUGGCGCAAUCGAGACCUCCACUGCCGCUGCCAUGCCAGCUGCAACUGCGAACCCAUGGGUUGGUGGUGCUGCGAUCGCCGGUGCGGGUAUUCUGAUGGGCUUUAACGGCUUCUGA